AUGUUGAAUCCUUUGGAGGAGUAUCCAAAAAUUCAAAAAAGGAUAUAUCCGUUUGAAGAUGCGCAUCGCGUAUUUGAACACACUAAGUCAAACUUCGCCAAAUCGACAGUAUUGGCGCAUCCAGAUUCUGAUGCUGAUCUUCACUUCGUGAUCAAAGCCUCCGACCGGCCGUGGGUGGUGCAUUCUAACAGGUUGCUGACGGAGCUCCUCAGCCUCUUAAUUUCUACUCUUUAA